UGAAAGAACUGUGCAGCCACACCAGCAUCCGGUUAUUAGCGGCUUGUCAAGGCGAAUGACAGUGUCUCGGGUUUUAAUUUAUCUUCACGGACCGAGCCCGGUCAAAAAGGAAGAUGGGAUUUGUAGACUUCAAGAGACGUAUUUCGAUCAGAAUGAACUCUUUUGAACCGUGGAUAAUGUUUGGCUAGUUAAAAGAAUAAGAAAAAAACAACAGCUGGAUGAAAACAACCAGGACCGAACUGUCAUCCUUUUCAGGGCUACAUUCACUGGCGGCGACAAUUUGACGUUAAUUACUGUUUUCUAUUACGGAUGCGUUCACGUCAAUUACUGUUUUCUUGCUGUAGAUUUGCGGUUUUCCUUACUCAUCGUCGUGUCCUUUAUUCUGUCUAAAAUCUGCCUAGGACGUUUUAAAAUAGAAGAAGGAUGUGUUUCAGGCUGUUUUUAAAAUAUACACCAAACAAACAGGAAUAAUGACAGUGUAGGUGAAGAAAACAUCAGGAAGUGAGGUUUAAUUUUUUUUUUAAAUUUAAUAUUAUUGUUUUUUGUUUUUUUCUUCCAUUUCUCAUCAGCGCCUGCUUUAAAGCAAAAACCACCAGGUGUGUAUCGGUGUUCGGGUUUAGAUGUAGAUAGAUAUGAGUUGUGUCAUGUUGUGUAGCUUGUGAGUGAAAGCAGCAUGCUGGUGUAUCAGGUGUGUUCCUGUGGAUCCGGGUUUGGCCGCAGGUGACGGAAGCAGGCAGGUGUUGAAGGAGGGUUGAAGUUAAACAAGCUCAUGUUUAACUCUUUUUGGGAUGAAGAAGAACCCAGCUGAGAGCUGACGGAUUGAAGGAGACACUGUUUGAGAGUCAGAUCCCUGGCGUUAUUGGUUCGAAUCCACUUUUAUUUAUUUAUCUAUUUAUUUAUUUACUUACGCUGUUUGUAAGAGUGAGCGGUCAUGAGUCCAAACACAUCGUUGUGACUGGUGUGUGGAAGCUGCUGCCGUGAUGAUGUCACCCGUUUCCAUCCUUCUGCUCCUGCUGGGGUUCUCCGUCCGGCUCUUGGAGAGCAUGAGCAGAGAGGAGAAGCACAAGUUGAGAAAUCAGGUGCUGGAGAUGUUUGACCACGCUUAUCAGAAUUACAUGGAUCACGCCUACCCAGCAGAUGAGCUGAUGCCUUUGACGUGUCGAGGUCGAGUACGAGGUCUGGAGCCGAGCCGAGGCGACGUGGAUGAUGCUCUGGGAAGGUUUUCUCUCACCCUCAUCGACACGCUGGACACUCUUGCGCUGUUGAAUAAGAGCAAGGAGUUUGAAGAAGCAGUGAAGCGGGUGGUGAAGGACGUACGACUGGACAACGACAUCGUGGUGUCUGUGUUCGAGACCAACAUCCGAGUGCUGGGAGGACUGCUGGGAGGUCACUCCAUGGCGGUGAUGCUGAAAGAGAGAGGACAGCGCAUGCAGUGGUAUCAGGACGAGCUCCUGGACAUGGCUAAAGACUUGGGACUGAGACUCCUGCCUGCCUUCAACACCAGCAGCGGCCUGCCUUACCCCCGAAUCAACCUGCGUCACGGGGUUCAGGGUCCUGAGACUCGGACAGGCACCGAGACGGAAACCUGCACCGCCUGCGCUGGUACCAUCAUCCUGGAGUUCGCCGCACUGAGCCGCUUCACCGGAGACCCCACGUUCGAGGCCCAUGCUCGGAGAGCUCUCGACUUCCUGUGGGAAAAGAGACAGAGAAACAGCAACCUGGUGGGAACGACCAUCAAUAUCCACUCGGGGGAGUGGGUGCGGCGAGACAGCGGUGUAGGAGCCGGGAUUGACUCGUAUUACGAGUACCUGCUGAAGGCCUACGUUCUGCUGGGAGAUGACCAGCUACUUCAGCGCUUUAAUAUACACUAUGCGUCUAUAAUGAAGUACAUCAGCCAGCCUCCUCUGCUGCUGGAUGUCCACAUCCACAAACCCCUGCUGCCCGCACGCACCUGGAUGGACUCCCUGCUCGCGUUCUUCCCCGGCCUGCAGGUGCUUAAAGGAGACAUCCGUCCUGCUAUAGAAACCCACGAAAUGCUGUUUCAGGUCACCAAGAAGCACAACUUCCUACCUGAAGCCUUCACUACAGACUUCAGGGUUCACUGGGCACAGCAUCCACUGAGACCCGAGUUUGCAGAGAGCACCUACUUCCUGUAUAAGGCCACCAGGGACCCGUAUUACCUGGAGGUGGGACGCACUGUUCUGGAAAACCUGAACCGCUUCGCUCGGGUCCCGUGUGGCUUCGCCGCCAUGAAGGACGUCAGAACAGGAAGCCACGAGGACCGCAUGGACUCGUUUUUCCUGGCCGAGAUGUUUAAGUAUCUCUACCUGCUGUUUGCCGAGGAGGAUGAUUUACCCUUCGACGUGGAGGACUACGUCUUCACCACUGAGGCUCACCUGCUCCCCUUGUCACUCUCCAUUGCUCCUCGCUCACACCUGCCUUCUGCAGGCAAUGCCACUGUACUGCAUGCUCCGGUCCCAGUGGAGCUCGACGACUCAAACUUCGAAUGGACCUGCCCCAACACCCGCCUCCUUUUCCCUGACCCCGCCUACCCGCACAACCUCCGCGAGCCGAUCAGGAGUGCGGUGGACAAGAGUUGUCCCCGCCCCCCACCCGCAAGAGAGCCAGGAGUAGGUCGUGCCCCGCUGAGAGCUCAAGACUUCAUGGCUAAUAAUCCAGAGCACCUGGAGCUCCUGAAGAGGAUGGGCGUCACGCUGAUCCACCUGAAGGACGGAAGAGUCCAGCUAGUACAGCACGCUGCACAGGCGGUGAGUGCUGUAGCUGCUGAAGACGGCAUGCGCUUCAUGCAGGAGAUGAUGGAGCUCUCCAGCCAGCAGCAGAAAGAGCAGCUCCCCCCCCGCGCCGUUCAGAUCAUCUCGCACCCCUUUUUCGGCAGAGUGGUACUGACCGCCGGACCUGCACAGUUCGGAACGGACCUUUCCAAGACCAACUUAGGGGUGCGAGGUUUCGUGACCGUGGCCGAACCUUACUCCGGCUGCGCCGAGUUGACCAACGGCGAGUUUGUGGCCGGGCGUAUCGCUCUGCUGCAGAGGGGACAGUGCAUGUUUGCAGAGAAAGCCAGAAACAUUCAGAAGGCUGGAGCUAUUGGAGGAAUCGUCAUCGACGAUAACGAGGGCAGCAGCAGCGACACGGCGCCGCUCUUCCAGAUGGCAGGAGACGGCAGGAGCACCGACGACGUCACUCUGCCCCUCCUCUUCCUGUUCCAUAAGGAGGGGAACAUCCUGCUGGAGGCCCUGAAGGAGCACAAUGAGGUGGAGGUGCUGCUCAGCGAGAAAGCCCGAGACAGAGAAGCCAUAUUUAAGGGAAAAGCCCUGCCAGGCACCCUGUUGGAUGGCAGUGGAGACGAAACAGAGGAAGGGGACGAGGAGGAGGGCUGCUGCGAGGAGGACCACGCUCACUCCGCCCCCUCAUCAACACUUGACCAAUCACAAUCCACCACUCAGGACCAAGUGGUAGCGGGUGAGGAGGCAGGAAGGCCAGAGGAGGGGCUUAGCAAUGACAUACCUCUGAGCGCCGGGGAGGAGGAGCCUGUAGAGGACGACGAUCCUAACGACCAGUCGGUGGACUCGAUAAUGGCCGAUUGGCAGGAGGACCUGGAGGCAUUUCAACAGAUGGAGAACGAUGAACUUUGACCUCGGGAUCCAGGGACAGAUCGCAGAACAGAGCCAUAAAUAUUUCAAGAGACUUUGGGGGACACACCUGGUGUACAGGACAGAAGACGAAGACCUCAUUCUCAGGUGCUUUUUCGGGAGCAGAAAUGCUCACCUGUGCAAAUCGUACAGUCUUUAACCUCCACCUGAACCAAACCCAAGACCAAACUGUCUCAUCCCGUCUCGUCUUUCGUCUCGUCUUACCGGACGUCUUCCUUCUUCCAAAUCCGUGUUUAUUAAUCCAUGGGGUUGAGCGAUGGACGUUAAUUUGAAGUGAUUUGCAGACCGAUCGUUAAUGAAGAAGAGGAGAGUUUACACAGUUCUACACGGAAAAUCAAAAAGAACUCUUCGGAACGGUUGGAAUGUACGUGUAUAUGUAGUUUAAAAAAAUAUUCUGUCAAUUUUGUGUGUGUCCUUUUCGGAACAUUGACUCGAGAGUCAAAACUUUUUAGUUCUGAAGAGAUCCGCUUCACGCCCAUAAAAGGAACGGUUCAUCACGAGAUUGUCACGUUUACUCCGUGUCCCUGUAACACCUGUAACAGCAUGACGCACUGUGAGACGCUCACGCCGAUGAAUUGGCACCAGAUCCACGAACCAGCACAUGCACCAUGCCAAUUAAUAACAGUCACAUAUUAACACACCGAAAGCUGAAGGUGAAGUAAAGCGAAGGUCAGGAGUCUUCUCUAGAGAAUCUGCUAUCCGAGUACCGACAUCCAAGUUCUUCAUGGACGUGACACGGACUUUCUGAUGUGGUUUAAUAAUCCGAACACGAGCCAAGUGUCGCUGUUAGUAGCAGAAAAAGCCUGAAGCCAAAAUUGUAAACACAGUUUAUCCUUGUUAUUGCGAAAACGUUAAGAUUUUUACGGAAAAAAAGAAAAAUCACUUCCUGUACCGGUCAGCUUCAGUUCACUGAUCCUGCGGGAAAAAAAUGUUAAAUUUCAUAUUUCGGUGAAUCGUUCCUUAAAAGCGAGGGAGGACGGGUGAUGUGUAGGGGGUUAUGGGAACCAGUUAAGAGAAAAGAGCAACCCCAGUUAUCGACUACGCUGCUAAUAUGGGAAGGAGCGUUUGAGGACCAGGGCCUGUUUUUGUUUGUCUUUAUCGUUAAUUAUCAGCCUGUGUGUGUGUGUGUGUGUGUGUGUGUGUGUGAGAAAAGACACAAACUGAAAAGAAACGCAUUACUUCCUUCAUUGCCAAACACCCCCCCCCCCCGCUUAAAAAAAAUAAAAUACCACCCUCGUCCUCCAGGGGUCGCCAUUUUCACACCACUCACUCACUAAAAAGGACGAUCCGGGCGCAGAGUGCCGGACAUCAUAAACUGGCUGUAACAAAGAGAUAAAUGGACGGGUUUGACACUUUUUUUUUAAAUGAAGAAAUUUGUACGAAAAGGUGGAAAUCCGUGCACUGUGUGCAAUAAAAGGUAGAGGCAUGUGUAAUUUUAACAGACUUCCGUCUCUCUCUGGUUUGUUUGUUUGUUUGUUUGUUUGUUUUAAAUACGCACUAAAAAGUCAAGCGGCCCUGAAACGCACGCGCGCUCUUUUCUUUCGUUUUUUGGCAGUUUUAUGACGCAUUUUUUAUUGACUUUCUAUUCAGUUCUAGUUAAGAGUGGGGUAAUAAACUCUGACAUGUGGAACUGUGAAGCUGUACUUCUGAGAAACUCUUAAGGGAAGUGCGUGAGUGGAGACGGUGGGAAAGCUGGACAGGAGAGAGAGAGAGAGAGAGAGAGAGAGAGAGAGAGAGAAAUAAAUAA